GUCACGCUUAAUUUGAUAUCGCGUACAAAUCGUUGUUUACAAUCAACUCAUUCAUGUAAUUGAGCGGCGCCAAAAUAUACAAUAUUUAUUUUUAAUUGAGACAGAGGCUGAAGCAAUGAGUAAUUCAGAAGCAGAACUGGAAUUGUCGUCGGCAGAGACCACUCCGAAGACGAAGAAGAAGACUGAGGAAGGCAGCAACAAGAACAACAAUAACAACGCGGGUGAUGCUGCUGCAAGUGAAACCAAAAAUUUGACCGCCAAAGAGGAAGACGAUUUGACAUCGACGGAAACGCUGCGUGAAUCGCCAGUGCAAUGGCCAGAAAGAUUUCCGGGCAUGGAAGAGUUUCUAAGCCUGAGCGAGACACCAAUACACACACCAAGCAUUGAUCCGGCACAAUUGCUGACCAGCACCAACAAGACGGCGCUCAAUAAAUUCGCACGCAUGCCGCCAGAUCAAUUAAUUGAUAAGAUUAAAGCGAUGCACGACGAAAUCUAUAAAUUAGGCAUAUUGGAGUCCAAGGAGAUGACACGCGGCAAGCUGUUGGGCAUCUUUGAUCGCGAUCGUUUGACCAAAACGAAAGGCAAUUGAAGAGAAUCGGCAAACAAAAUAUUUGUCUCGUGAGAUCUUCUGACUUCUUUAACAAUUCGUCUUAGUUCAAACAAAGCAUAACUUGUAUCUCUUCGUAUAUUUACGCUUUUUAUACCCCUCCUGAUUUUGAUUCAAAUGCGUGUCUAUAAUUUUUUACGCUAGUCAACAAUAAAUAACAUUU